CCAUUUCAUUUCCUGCCUGCCGCCUCCUCGUCCCCUCUCCUCUCCUCUCCACCCCUGCCUCCGCCCUCUGCGAGAUCGGCAGCUCUUGGACGGGUGUUCAGGUGCCGGUGGUUUGGCCUUGGCGCACGCUCUCUCGCCUUCAGCUGUUGCUUCCCUGGCGCUCCUGGUGCACAGCCGGUGAGCCGAGUUUCCGUCAGAUUCGGUGGUUCCGCUGGUUUGGAAAUCCGGAGAUGGCUCGUUUUCAGGAAAUCAAGGCGACGAACGACCGAAAGCCUGCUGCUGAUCGCGCCGGCCAUGCAGACUUCAUGGACCAUCCGAAGAAAACUCUCGAUUCGCCAGAAGGACCGCGAGCUCCUAAGGCACGCAAGCCAUACACGAUAUCCAAGCAGAGGGAGAAGUGGACGGAGGACGAGCACAAGCUGUUCUUGGAAGCCCUUCAGCAACAUGGCCGUGCCUGGCGUCGUAUCCAAGAGCACAUAGGCAGCAAGACUGCCGUGCAAAUCAGGAGCCACGCUCAGAAGUUCUUCUCCAAGGUCAUCCGAGAAUCAUCUGGGGAUAGCAACAGCAUAGCUGCUCCACCACAAAUUUAUAUUCCUCCGGCACGGCCAAAGAGGAAGCCAGCACACCCAUACCCGCGCAAUCUGGGUAAUUCUCUCUGCAAGGAUGCCUCUACAAUCAAACAGCUUGAGAAGCCCCAGUUGAAGAUACAGUUGCUGUCUGAGCAGGAGAAUUGCUCACCAAAAUCUGUGUUAACCACAGCACAGAUAGACUCCGAGACCAUGGCAACUGAAGGUAGUGGAUCACCAGCUUCCUCGGUUUACAUGGAGGAGAAAUGCCUCACACCAAGCACAUCAGUUGGGGAGUUAGGUGUGCAAGUAGCACUUUCCAAGGACGCCACCACUUCAAAUGGUGCGGCAUGUGGAAUACCUGAAGGUCCAGUUCUUAGGCUAUUUGGCAAGAGGGUUGUGGUAAAUAAUUUGCAUCAGCAGCCAAACUCCGAUACUGGAAACCUAAAACAUGCCGCAGACAUGGAACUCGACGCUUCAGCCGAGACACCAACUAGUGGAACUGGGAAGUUCUCUUCCCAUGGUGCAGAAGAAGGGAAGACAUGGAGCCCGUGGCUGACUGGUACACAGCAGUUUAUGUACUAUCUUCCUCAAGGGGAGGUUCUUUCUGUGCAUUCUGCUUGCCAAUUUCUCAGCUACAGUAAUGUAAGCAUAUCUUAUGGAGUGUUGAAUCCACAGACAGUUGCUUCAAAGAAGCAGCAACACCAGCCAUCUCAAGCUUCAGACUGCAAGUUCACAAGGGCAGAAGGAUCGUGGGCGGAAUCGAUCACAACCUCCAGCAGUGUGCCUGAAACAACUCAGAAUUCAGAUUCUAUAGAAUCUAGUCAAGUAAACAACGACAAUGAUGAAGUGAUACUUGUUCCAGGUUCAAGAAAAUAUUUAAGCACAGUUCCAACCUACCUUCGAGGUUUUGUGCCAUACAAGAACUGCACCGCACAAAGCAAGAUGCCGCAGUCACAUGUUCCUGGUGAGGAGGCAGAUGGAGAUAUGACAAGGUUGUGCCUGUAAAUUUUUGGGUCCUCAACAUCGCUGCUGGGGACGUUUUUGCUGAUAUUUAAUACAUAUGACUAGUACAGUAUCGUAGUACUGAUGUUUUGCAGGAAGACCAUUCUGCAUUCUGCUGUUGCUUACGAGAGGCAGAUUGAAACUGGUGAAGUAGCCUUCCACAAAUGGAGGCGACCAUGGUUCCUCUCUGCCCAUGUAUAGUUCAAGACUGAUGUUUCCAUUUUCCUCUUUGCGUGUUUGUAAUUUCCCACAAUGCUGGAGGUUCAGAGGUCAACGGUUUACAGUUUUUGAUGCAGUAUGUAAUGUAAUAGUCAUAGGAGACCGUAUUGUAUGGCGAACGAAUGUAAAUUACUGAUGCUGUUUGCCUGUUUCUGGAACAAUGACAUUAUGGCAUGGCAGCUAAAACAA